AUGAACAAUAAGUUUGCUCUCACUUAUCUGGGUUCAAUUCACUACUUUUUGGGAAUAGAGGUUACCAAAUCCGGCUCCAACUAUGCUUUGUGUCAAUCUAAAUAUCUCAAAGAACUACUGGAGAAAACCAACAUGAGUUCUUGUCAUCCUUGCUCAACUCCAAUGACACCUGCCACUCGACUUUCCAAGGAAGGUGGUGAGUCGUUUUCUGAUCCUUCACUAUACAGAAGCACCAUUGGUGCCCUACAAUAUCUUACACACACCAGGCCGGACAUUGCUUUUGCGAUGCCGAUUAUGCCAGCUGUAUUGAUGAUCGGCGCUCCACUGGAGGGUACUGUGUCUAUUAUGGAGACAAUCUCAUUACCUGGAGCUCCAAAAAGCAACACGUGGUAUCCAGAAGCAGCACGGAAUUUGAAUAUCGUUCUUUAG